AUGCUAAAGAAAGGUUCUCCUUCACUGACCACCUUAUCAGUGCUACAAGGAGACAUGUUCGAACAACAUUGCCGUACAUUUCCUGCUGAGGCUCUGAACACCACCCUCAUGGCAUACCCCAUGCUGAAUAAGGCAAAGGUCAAGACUGAGCUGUCACUAAUCUAUGAGAGUUCGGAAUUCAAAAGCUGCUGUGGUGCACUGGCAUUAUAUCAGGUUCUACUGAGGUACAACCACCAGGAGACUUUUUCUGAGACUGUGACUCUGUUAAACAUCCUCAUAACCACUCCCAUGACAACGGCUGAAGCGGAAAGGUGUUUCUCCACCUUAAAAAGAAUAAAGACGUUCUUGCGAAAUGCAAUGGGACAGGAACGUCUCAAUGCUCUGUCCAUGCUUUCAAUGGAGAGAGAACAGGUCAGGAACAUGCCUGACUUUAAUGAGAGGUAUUUUCUUGGUCUAGGAACCUGUGAGCUGCAAACAAUCCAAGCCAUUCAAAAUAUUGAAGGUUUAUCUCAACUUUGUGAGGAGUCUGUGAACACAUCGGCGCAUGUGGACCCUCUUGCAGGUCUAAAACGCUUAGUGGAUAGUAUCACGCCACCCGGAUUCGACAAUUUGUACAAACAGCCAAAAAAUCCUCAACUACAGGAUAUAACCAACAACAGCGGAUACAGGAGAGCCUUUAAGCCAAACUUAACGAGCAGUCCGGAGGUGUUGCUUGGUAAACGUUGCAACAGGGGACCAUCUUCAAGCAGAAAACGCAUCAGGCUGGAAGACAGCUGCAUACUGUUAGAUACAGAUUUGAACAACGCUGGACAGUCUACGAAUGGAGAAAGUGUGUUGCACAAUGAUGUCCAGGAUGUUUUAAACAAGGACGAAUGGUCGGAGGAUUUGACGGACAUCUGGGAUCAGAACAGUUUCAGCGAACCAGUCGAAAAAACUGUUGCUGCCGCACCACCGAAUGUUGGAAUAAACGCUUCGGACAAACACAGAGACACUGACGCAAAUGAGUUACGAUCAAACCAAGAGCAUGAGCAUCAAGAUCAGGUAGGACCCGAUGGUGAUUUAAACAGUAUUGGCGAGGUUUUAACUGUUCUAAGACAGAUUUCUGAAGAAAACAGAAAAAUAUUGCUAGAUAACAAAACAAUCACAGAAUCAAACAGAAAACUAACAGAAGCUUGUAUUAAAUCUUCCCAAGACAACGAAAGGUUGUCACAGUUAAAUGCAAAGAUAUCUCAAGAAAAUUUGAACAAUUUAAUUGAGCUACGUAGACAAUCUGCCAUUAACCGUAGACAUGAAAAAGGUAUUCAAGAGAUACACAAACAACUAAAUAUAUAUCUGGAUGAAUUUAGAAAAUUUGAUAUGUCUGGUAAUGUGUCAAAAGAUCAAUUCAAAUCUUUAAUACAAAUAAUGUUUAAAAUGCAAAAGGCGUUAGAGAUAAAAUUAUCGCCAUUUCUGCCUAUUGCGGGGCCAUCCUCUCGUGUUUAGUGUUGCCAAUAGUUAGAGGCUAGUGUUUUUCCACAUUGUUACAGAAGUCAUCAUUUUCACAUAUUUUCAAUGUAUAUUUACAUCUAAAACAAACAAUCAGACAAAUAUGGCAUCUAAAAGAUUUUGGGGGUCAGACAACAACCCGUGUGUUAGAGAUGAAUAUGAUUCAUUGAACCAGUUGUCUAUUGAUGAACAAUUGCAGCGUCUAAGCGAAAUGUAUGAGGCGAGUGUUAACCCUAAUGUUCAGCAAAACAUUGAUACACAACACUUUGGCAACCAUUAUGUUUUGUCUAAUCAUUUAACCAUUGACGAACAAAUGCGGUAUCUAAGUAAUACGUAUGAUACACCUAUUAACGGUCCAAGUAAUAACCGACAAGUAACAUUCACACAGGGUAAUGCAGAUGUUGACUUGUUUAGAAAUCGUACCACACAGGCCCCGCCAUCA